AUGAAGCAAUCCAGAAGAUCUACCAAAUUUGUUUUUCAAGGAUUAUCAGAAUUGGUUAAAUUUGGGAAGUUUGUAGAGACAGAAGGUGUUCAAGCUUCUAAUACUCAAAUUGUAAUAGUAGUUGAAGAACAUGUAGCUCUAGCAAGAUCAAAUCUCAGUUCUUCGUUUGAGGUUGUUGAUGAUUCUGAUGAUGAUGAUACUAAUGAUGAUGUUGAUGAUUCUGAUGACGAUGGUACUAAUGAUGAUGUUGAUAAUCAUGAUGAUGAUGAUAGUGAUAGUGAUGAUGAUGGAAUGGAUUUUCUUAUGUAUUCAAACGACCUCACACCCGAACAGAUAGAUGUUCUCAUUGCUCAACUACAGUCAACUGUAAGGAAGCCUCCCCAAGCAGUUCCUGUUAUUUCUGAUUCUCCAUCUGAGAGUGAUAAAAUUGAUUCAAACGCCUCCUUAGCGCCAACAAAGCGAAGACAUAAAGAUCCAAGUCUGGGAGUGCUUUCUACUGAGCCGCAAGGAGGUGAUGAAGACUCCCAUCAAACCGUCUCUGAGCUUAAACAAGAGAUUAUGCUUGUGAAGCGGGAGUAUAUUAAGAAGGAUUUUCUGAUUGGUAGUCUGGAUGUGAGAGUUUCUACCCUUGAACAUGAGAACUCUGUUAAAGAUGCAAAGAUUUAUGAACUUCAAGCGAAUCUUGGUGGUAUAACUGCUUUAUUCUUUGACCUGAAUCAGUGCUUACAUCAGAAGUUUGGUGAGGAUUUUCAACCUUUAAGCGUUGAAGGCGAAAAGAUUUCUGUAUGUAGCUCUGAUCCAGUCAAUCCACCCUCUCAAGAUGUGAGUGAAAGAGUUGUUAGACUUGCUCCGGACGCGAAUCUUGGCAUUAUCUUCUGGUACUUCUUCUUCUUAAGAAAGAAGAGAGAAACAAGCUCGAAUUGA